CCGAGGCCCGCGCGCGGCGCAUCCCCGGGCGUUGGCCCCACCGCUCGCCGCCUGCCUGCGCCCUCCCCUCUCCCCGCGCCGCCCGGGCCCCGCCAUGGGGAACGUGCCCUGCGCGGUGAAGCCCUGCCUCAGCUACCAGCAGCUGCUGCGCGAGCACCUCUGGAUCGGGGACUCCGUGGCAGGGGCGCUCGAGCCCGCGCAGGAAUCAGCCCAGCUAUCUGGAUUCCCUGAAUAUGUGAAAAUAGUAGAAGUUGGACCUAGGGAUGGAUUGCAGAAUGAAAAGGUUAUAGUUCCUACAGAUAUAAAAAUUGAAUUUAUCAAUCAACUUUCCCAAACUGGCUUGUCUGUAAUAGAAGUGACAAGCUUUGUGUCUUCUAGGUGGAUACCACAGAUGGCAGAUCACACUGAAGUGAUGAAGGGCAUUCAUCAAUAUCCAGGAAUUCGAUAUCCUGUCCUUACUCCUAAUCUUCAGGGUUUUCACCGUGCUGUUGCUGCAGGAGCAACCGAGGUAUCUGUUUUUGGUGCUGCCUCUGAAUCCUUUAGCAAGAAGAACAUUAACUGUUCUAUUGAAGAAAGCAUGAAGAGGUUUGAGGAGGUCGUUAAGUGUGCAAGACACAUGAAUAUUCCAGCACGAGGGUACGUAUCCUGUGCCCUGGGCUGUCCAUAUGAAGGAAGCAUCACACUUCAGAAAGUGACAGAAGUGUCUAAGAGACUGUAUGGCAUGGGCUGUUAUGAGAUAUCCCUGGGAGAUACAAUUGGAGUGGGAACUCCAGGAAGCAUGAAGAAGAUGUUGGAAAGCGUCAUGAAAGAAAUCCCACCCAGGGCUCUUGCUGUUCACUGUCAUGACACCUACGGACAAGCCUUAGCAAACAUCCUCACGGCCCUUCAGAUGGGCAUUAAUGUAGUGGAUUCUGCAGUAUCCGGACUAGGCGGUUGCCCUUAUGCAAAAGGUGCUUCUGGGAACGUAGCCACAGAGGAUUUGAUCUACAUGCUUAAUGGCCUGGGGGUUAAUACGGGUGUGAAUCUUUACAAAGUGAUGGAAGCUGGUGACUUCAUCUGCAAAGCUGUAAAUAAAACUACAAACUCUAAAGUAGCACAAGCCUCGUUCAAUGCUUGACUUGAAUGACUUUGUGACUUAAGUUUGAGAAGCUACAUUUCAGCUACAGAUAUGCAUCUGAAACUCAUUACUGUCAACUUGUUCUGAAAUGUGGAGUAAUAGACAAAAGUGGGAAAAAGAAAGAGAUACUUUGAAAAAGGGUAUCACUGGAUGGAUUAUGAAGUGGACGGGAAGAUAUACCAGUCAUCAGGUAAAUCGCAAGCCAAGGCUAAAUAAUAAAAUUUGCAGACGUCCUUUGAACUUGGAGAAAAGUCUACCACUCUUUUGCUCUUAUAGAAAUAACUUUUUAAUUUAGUCGACGUGAAAAUUGACUUCAGAUUUCCCUAAGUAUCAAAUACUGUGUUAGUACUUAAUCAAGCUGGCUUAGCACAGCGUACAUUUCGUCAGUAGUUUAUGAGCCCCUGUGUGGUGUGCAAAGUGUGUGGCCUCCGUAUUAUACAUUAUACGCCUCUGGAUCUCAACUUUGCAUUUGCCAAGUCAGUUAAAUUAUGGACCAAGCGCCAAAUCUCCAUCUGACCCCACAUAAUUUUUAGCAAUAGAACUUUUAUAUUUCAACUAUGCUAACAUCUGUUAACUAUUUCAGUGACUUUAUCUUGUUCCAAGAGGCUGUGGUCAAUGGCCAGAUGCCACAUCCUGGAAACAUAUUACCUCCCGUGUUUGUCACAUGCAUCCAGUUUACCAUGCUUUCCCUUUCAUCAGGUGUAGUAAAAACCAACAGAAUGUCACUCAGCUAUUGAGAAGCAAAAGGUACAACUUUUAUCCCAAUGUCUAAGUUGCAAUGAUGAGAAUAGAAAGAUACAUGUACUAUAAUCACUUUUAUCAUUUUCAGUUCACUUCCAGGUUGUCCAAGGAAUGUCACCAUGAUGCUAAGAACAUUAAUGCAGUUAUUAAUUUAUGAAAACAACUUUUCCAUUGAAUCAGGGUAGUUUGAUUAAAUCACAUCUGUUUGGGAGGAUUGACAUUUUAUGGUUAUUUUUAAUGUUGAAGUGGCUGAAAUUUUAUCUUCUGUAAUAACAUUGCCAGAAAUAGCAAAUACAUAUCCAAGUUGAGAAGAGGCACAGGAGGGCUGUGUUAAGAAAAAUAUAUUUCUAUUACCUAUGCAAAUCAUAUGGGGGCAGUAUUAUUCCAUGUGGAUCUAAAUUGUCAGUAUUUUUAUUACUAUUUAUGUAGACUUUCCAAUGACACUCAGUGAUCUUAUCUUUGGAUACAUUUGAAUAGAACUUGGAUAUGAAAGUGAGCAUUGUGGGCUUUCUAUUAAAUAUUCAUCAAAACCACAGGAAAUAAAAAGAAAUUCAAGAAAAUAAGAGAAUUGCCGAUUACUACUAUGUUAACUUUAAGGCUACACAAUUACAAUAAAAGGAUUACAAGGGAAACAUAUUGGAAAUGGACAGAAACUAAGUUUCCGUGGAGGAGGCUAAGGCCUAGGUUGUGAUGGAUGAUACAGCAGGAGCUUGUCAUCAGAACUGAGUGCCCCUCUGCAUUUGGGUUAGUGCUGGGGCAUGGAAAGUGCAGAGAGCAAACUUAGGCGCCUCUCUAUGGAUCUGUUACAUCGGCUCUCUUCAGGAAGAGCAUGGUGCUGCAGUGGGGGCAGGAAGGAGACGCCUGCCCCCCGGUGCACAGCAGGACGCCUCCCUUCCCAUCUUCUGAGGAGACUGGCUUUUCCUCUCUCUUAUGCAGCUGUGGCGUUCUUAGUUUUGUGAUAUUUGGAAAAAGCAUCAGUUUAUGCAGACUGCUGAUAGAAACAGUGAAGGGCAAAACUUGGCUGUUUAGAAAUGAAAACCACCACGGACUCUUCAAAAGGCAGAGCGAGUCGUCAGAACCCCAGGUGCAGCCGAGCACACACACGCACUGCAUAUACAGCAGCCCGCCUAUUCAUGUCGCAGAGCACCUCAAAGCUUCCUAAUCCACACGCCACAGGAAAAGUCUGUGCUUUAGGUGUUUGUUAUCCUUUCUUUACCAAAACCAUCUAAGCCCUUCUCUUAACUUAAGGAGAGUUUCUUUUCUGGUUUUUAUGGGGUGGGGAUCACAUAAUCAAAUGAAAUGGCCUGAAUUCCAGAGGCAGAAUCCCCCCAAAGCUAUAUUUCCACUAACUAGGAAACUUUGGAAUCACUAUAGGACCUACCCAAACAAACUACCCACACAUAAACCCACACCAGGGUUAGCCCUGGGGAAAGGCUUAGGAAUGGCAAAGCAAUUAUGAAGUACAUUUAGAAGUAACCUUUUAUGACAUCUGCCCUUUAAGACGACUGUAAAAAGUAGACAUUUUCUAAAUUCUGGAUUCAUGAAAUUCAUAAAGCAAAGAAAAGGAAACUUGCUGAGAAAAUUGACAAUGCCCUUUUAUGCUGUUUCUUCUGAUCACUAUAACAUUUAAUAAAUAAUCCUUUAGCUGCA